AUGCUCAUUUUGUUGUUUUUAAUUCAUUUGGCAUUUUCUCAACCUCCUCAAGACGAAUCCGAUUCUGAAGAUUCGGAUACUACUUCUUCAUCACCACACGAUUACCCAACAAUUUCAACACAAAGCGUCCGUCCAAAAACUACAACUAAACACUAUACACACAGAAGACCACAUUACACUACACCUCAACAACAAUCUCCACAAACACAACACCUUUCAAAAUGGCAAAAAAGAAGGCAAAAGAAAGGAGUCACUCGGCAGAGUUUAUUUCCCGAAGGAGAUCCAAGUGCUCCAUUUGCCCCGUUAACAAAACAAGAACCAACCCCAAUUGAUUUUCCAACCGAAAGUGGGUUACUUCCAUCUACAAUAUAUAAACUUCAAAAUUAUGAACUUUGCAGAUUUUACAAGAGGACGAAUAGAAAACUGGAGUUGAUGGUUUUCACACAAUUUUGGCCAGGUCAAAAAUGUAUUGAAGAUAAAUGUUCUUUACCAAUGAAAACAACGAAAAUCGAAGAAGGGUUUAUGCUUCAUGGAUUAUGGCCCCAACUGGAAAUCAACAGAAAUUAUGUGUGCUGUCUUGUCGAUAUCAAUGAUAUCAUGGUUGAACAAAAAAUGAAAGAAAAUACAGAACUUCUGACUUUAAUUAGAAACAAGUGGAUGUCUCUACAAAGGUGUCGAUUUGCAAUUUAUCAGUUUGAUAAGCAUGGAACUUGUUCAAUGACACAUUAUACUGGCGAAGAUGGUCCUUUAGAUUAUAUGAGAGUUGCUAUUUAUCUUAAGGAUCAGAUCGAUAUUUGGCAAAUUUUAAAAGAUAGCAGAUUGAGAGUUGAGACUGAAAAGUUGUAUGAUAAAAACGAACUUAAGAAUAUAAUAAAAGAAACUUAUGGCGCUGAACCAGCUUUCUAUUGUGUUGAUACUAACAAAGUAUUGGAAUUGAGAGUUUGCUAUGACAUAUCUGAAGAUAAGUUUCACCCCAAACCACGAAGUUGUCAAAGAACAAUAUACAAAAGAGAUGAAGAAACAUGUGAACGCAUGGUCAUGUUUAGGGAGUUUCCAAAAUAUCUAUUAGACCCUAUUACAGCACCAAGAAAUAACUGUGAGUAUUAA